UGGAUAUGCCGCACACUUCGAAAGCGGAACCGGACGCCCUCACCACCGCGGCCCCUACCGUCGCCACGCCCACGGCCUAUCACACCCUCGGGGUCGUCAUCUUCGACCUGUCGCAGAGCCCCUCAGCGCCAGAGCCCUUUCUUUCGCCUACCAGCUGAGAUCCGUCAUGAGAUUCUCAUGGAGACCUUUGGGAACCGCACCAUGCACAUGGACCUAACGCUAGAUCACCCAAUGGCGGCGCCGCGGCAGCAAGCGCACGGCGACAGAUCUUCGAGGAGGCAAAUCAGACUACCGCGUGUGUGGGAGUGGGGCAGCAGCGACUGCCAUCGAAACGCGCCGUGGCUGAAGGAUUAUCCUAAAGACUUCUGGCGCCAAAAUACGCCUCUAGACGUAGAUUGGUGCAUGAAGGGUCAAGGUAGAAUAUGCGGUGUUUGGUUCGGUGAGAAACCUUAUAAGUGUCGGAUCGGUGCUAUGGACUGGCUCCUCUCAUGUCGUCAGGCGUACGAAGAAGGCAUACAUAUACUCUACGGCACAAAUACGUUCUUUUUAUCAAGCGACUUUCUCCUGGCGCAUCUGGCCGACUAUAUCCUACCACAGAGGCUAGCCCAAAUGACAUCGUUCGAGGUAAUCCUAGAUCUACCCCUCUACAAGUCACAUCAGAGUCUAUUUCGACCAUCGAGUGCAGCCUUGGUAUCCGUCCUCCGAGGCCUUUCGAAAACUGGCAUGCGCCAGCUAUACCUAUGUCUCCACGAUCAUUGCCUAUGGGGAAGUCUUCUCGAAAUCGACCCUGUGCACAUUCUCGAUACCAUAGACACGUUUAUUCUCUCAUCAAGAAUGGAAUCAGUCGUUCUGGAGAUACAGCCACACGCGUUGAAGCGCCUUGAAGCGGAGGCAGUCUCACUACCGGAGGAGACCUCGCGGAACGCACAACCACGCACCACCUAUCCACGGCUAUGGCGAUGCUUAGAUGACGACCAGGGGCUUGCAAGAACACAGAGGCGCAAGUGUCUCUACCCACUGGUGCCUGCACCCCCAUGAGACCCAGCCGCACCUGAGAAGGGACUGAGUCGCGGUUAUUGGAUCAUCAGCACUAUAAACCACAUGCCCAGGCCAAUGAUGUGUGGUUUCCCCUAGGUCAGGAGAGCAACCAGUGGUUAGGGCGGGGGUUGGGCCUAACGAGGCUUCCGCCGGGCUUGCGCGGAGGAAGUAUAAAAAUCUGGUUCAACUGCACUUCAUAGCUAUGGCAUUCACAAGGUUGGUAUCGCAUCGCUUCGUCGGUCCAUAGUUGCCGCCGGUCCCGACACUCCUACGCAGUAAUAGUACCCUGGCCACAUAUUAGCGCAGCCGUCGCCGACCGCGGGAUUCCACGCGUAAAAGUCACU